ACUGGCCACUACACCUUUGGCAAGGAGAUCGUCGAUCUAGUUCUGGACAGGAUCCGCAAGCUGGCCGAUCAGUGCACCGGUCUGCAGGGCUUCCUCAUCUUCCACUCGUUCGGUGGAGGUACUGGCUCUGGCUUCACCUUGCUGCAAGAAGUCCAAGCUGGAGUUCUUCGCGUAUCCAGCUUUCGUACAUAGAGCAGUUUAACCAAC